UUAGUCAUGUCUGUUGUUGAGCACGUAUAAGAAAUCUCUUACCUAGAUUUAUACUAAAAUGUUGAACACAUUUUCAGUGCUUUCGCCUCAUCUAAAGUUCAAAAAUAAGUUUGUGUCCAUCGACAAUGUAGCGUUUAAAUUUCACUAUCGAGCAACGUUUACAAUACUCCUUGUUUGCACACUACUAGUCACAUCCAGGCAAUACAUUGGUGAACAUAUUCGUUGCAUCACAGGAGGAUCCAUCCCUGAGCAUGUCAUCAAUACCUUUUGCUUCUUUACAACUACCUUUACGGUGGUAAGGCAUUUCAACGAAUCGAUGCUGCAAGAUGGAAGCAUUCCUCAUCCAGGAGUAGGACACAUCUAUACAGAUGAUCCCGUCAAGUAUCACGCGUAUUACCAAUGGGUGCCAUUCGUGUUAUUUCUUCAGGCUAUUAUGUUUUAUGGACCGCACUAUGUUUGGCGUAAUAUGGAAGGAGGUAGAAUCAAACGUUUGGUGGAUGGACUACGAAUGGUUGAAAUUUCGAAAUUCUACAAACGAAGCAAUGCAGUAACUUUCGACAGUAAAUAUACGCUAUACCCGAAAGCUGAGCUUGAUAAGAAAAUAGAAAUUGCAUGUGAUGCAUUCUACAAGCACAUCAUUAUAAACCAUCUAUGGGCUUGGAAGCAUGUGCUAUGCGAAAUGAUGAAUUUGAUAAAUGUUUUGGCUCAAGUAUGGUUCACGAAUAAGUUCCUAGGGGGCCGCUUCUAUCGCCUUGGGUUGGAUUUCAUCGAGGAAGAUUUCUCGGGAAGAAUGGACGUGCUGGAUACCAUCUUUCCCAAGGUAACAAAAUGCCACUUCCAUAAAUACGGCCCAUCCGGAACGAUUCAGCAGCACGAUGCCCUUUGUGUGAUGGCUUUGAAUGUGAUAAACGAGAAAAUAUUCACAUUCCUCUGGUUUUGGUACGCAAUAAUCAUAAUUAUUACAAUGAGCGCCUUGAUAUGGAGGUUAAUCACACUUACUUAUCACGGAAGAUCGGAAAGAUUCAACGGUUACGUUUUUUCUUCCGUUUGCCCCGGAAUGCUGAACUCGCAUGAUCUGAACUUCAUAACGGAAAACCUCACAUUUUCAGAUUGGUUGUUUCUAUAUUACUUGGGGAAAAACAUGGACAGACAACUGUUCAGGGCUCUGUUUAGAGGAAUAGUCCUGAAGCUUGACAAAAGCCGACAGAGUGGAAAAUCCAGCAAGCUUCAGGACGAUGACCCUGAAGCAGCCAGUUUGAUAAUCGAGAAACUUUAACAUUUUCUCAAAUAGUUGUGAAUAGUUUAUCUCAUAAACCAGGAAUUGUAUGAAAUUACCAAAAAGAAAAUAAUUUAGCAUAGUUCUUUACAAACAGAAUAUGUGUUUUCACUAGCCUGGACAUGUGGUAGGCAAUUAGAAUAAUGUUAUGUUACAUACGGCUAAUAUAUUAUUUAAUUCCACAAUCAUGUAUUCGAUUGAAAAUAUUUAAAAUAUAAAUAUGUCUAAA